AAGCCUUUAUGGAGCUGCUGCGGCCCAUCCAGAGCAGGGAGCAGGGGAUCUCAAUGUAGAGCUGUGCUGCCAGCGGCUAUAAAUGCCACACAGGCGCAGCAUUGCUCGGAGAAGGGUUUUCAACAGGUUGGCACUGCUGCUCUGAUUUUUAUUUGCACCAUGCCAGAACACAGUGAUGCCAGCCUUCCUCCUGAAGAGCGGCUCCGAGCCCUCGUACUGAAGGGGACAUCCGUAGAGGUGAAUGAUGAUAUUCCUCCCAAGCGCUACUACAGGUCCGGAGUGGAAAUGAUCCGGAUGGCCAACAUUUAUGCUGGGGAGGGCAGCACAGAGAAUGCCUUUAUCUUGUACAACAAAUAUAUCACGCUUUUCAUAGAGAAGCUUCCCAAGCAUCGGGAUUACAAAACAGCCAAUGCACCCGAAAAGAAAGACACUCUAAAGAAACUAAAGGAAGUUGCGUUCCCCAAGGCAGAGGAGCUAAAGAAGGAACUUCAUAAAAGAUACAAAAAAGAAUAUGAUGAAUACUCAGAGAAAAAGAGGAAGGAGGAGGAAGAGCGCAGUCGCCGCCAAGCUCUGCAGCAGCAACUUGAUGCUGAAAAGCAACGAGUGGCUCUCAUGAAACAGCAACAGGAGCAGCAGGAACAGUUUCAGGCCUUUGAGGAAAUGAUCCGCAGGAAGGAGCUGGAAGCUGAGCGACUCCGAAUCUUACAUCAGUUUUCUAAAGAUGACUCUGAAUCUGGGUCACCUGGGGGCCUUCUCAUACCUGGAGUGAAUGAACCCCCUGUCACUUCACUGCUUCCUUCAUAUGGAACCAUUCAGCCACAUCCACCUGCUGUAGACAGAUCAUUGAAGCCGUCCUCAUAUGGCAGUCACAGGAGUGGUGUUACCAGUGACGGACUGCGCCAUGUAAAGAUACCGCGGGAUGUGUGCUGCAAGUUCCUGCAGCUGUCUGAGAAUAACACGCAGAGAGGGGUGGAGACCUGUGGCAUUCUCUGUGGGAAACUGAUGCAGAACGAAUUCACAGUCACACACGUCAUUGUACCCAAACAGUCGGGAGGCCCUGAUUAUUGCAACACAGAGAGCGAGGAGGAACUCUUCCUGAUACAGGACCAACAAGGACUGAUCACGCUCGGCUGGAUACACACCCACCCCACCCAAACUGCCUUCCUAUCCAGUGUGGACCUUCACACGCACUGCUCUUACCAGAUGAUGCUUCCAGAGUCCGUCGCCAUUGUCUGCUCCCCCAAAUUCCAAGAAACUGGAUUCUUUAAAUUGACGGAUUACGGCAUGAAGGAGAUUGGUGACUGCCGGCAGAAAGGGUUUCACCCCCACUGCAAAGACCCGCCUCUGUUCUCUGCCAGUAGCCACGUUUCAGUGACCGAGCAGGAUGUCACCGUGAUGGAUCUGCGAUAAUUCCAGCAGCAAAUGUGCCAAUUGUGCGCUCCAUCCUCCUAACCCCUGAGUGCCAUCAAGUGCACUGCCAAGAGCUGAACGCAUCUCUGUACAGUACAGUGCACACCUGUGGCUGUGUCACCUCUCCUGUGGAGUUUGGGGCAGGACUCAGACUGAGAAGUGGGAGGAGUCCUCAACUACUGUGCAGUUAAAGAUGGAGUCCGUCCCUUUUCUGCCGUGUAUGAACCUCUGCAGUGCACCCUCGGCAACCACAUCUGACCUUAACUUUCCUAUUACAAACACGUACUGAACACUAAACAGUCUAUGGUUUGAGUGCGUUCUCCAUUCCGGAGUUAUCGGACGCACGGUGGUGCUUGAGAUGAUGGACCCUUUUUGUUUGUAUAGAAAUAAAUCCAAUCCAUCUGUAAAUGGCACCUCUAGGAUAUAGAAGAUAUUAUGUACCUUAUAGUCUAUUUUUAAUCCACACUUUAAUUAUUCUACUGACCUCCCUCAAAUGAAAAAUCUUAUUUUAGUAAAAAGGAAUUGUACAUAUAUUAAUUUAUUUGAUCGGCUUCUUAGCGACAGGUUGGGUAAAGGAUCUUGUGCCGUUUUGAUGAUAGAAGAAAAUUGUGCACUUUUUAUUUUCUCCUAGCAUUAAACAUUGGAAAUGCUACCGA